AUGUGUCCAGAACAGUUUGCGGUUAUUAUGGACUACACUGGCGACACUUACGACGAUUUUCUCCAGUAUGCCAACACACAUCAAAAGGUUUUAACAUUGAUUAAAAUCGCGGAAGCGUUGUCUCAAAUCCACGAUAAAAAUAUCAUCCAUAAUGAUUUAAAAACAAAUAAUGUUACAGUUACCCUUCAAGAGGACCAGCCCACAGUCCAUAUAAUCGACUUUGGAAAGGCAAAAAUUCGCGGAACAUUCAAACACAACAAACAUCCAUUCAGACGAUACUGGGAAGCACCGGAAUUCACUGACGGUGACUUCACUUCACCAGAAUCUGAUACAUAUUCUUUUGGGCAGCUGGUUAAAUUAGUGGCAACACUCACCCACAACCCAGUGGUCCAGGAGGGCCUUCAGACGAUUGUUGACAUGACCACCAGCCGAUCUCCUCUCCACCGUGCAUCCUUGCCAGAAGUUGUACGCGUCAUGAAUGAGUUCCUACCAAUCGCAAACUGA